UCUCUUCUCUCGCUGUGAAAUCUCGCGUGUGCGGCCUGCGCUUCCUCUUUCUCUCCCAGCUCGACAAGAUGGCAGUCGGCAAGAACAAGCGGCUGACCAAGGGCGGCAAAAAGGGUGCCAAGAAGAAGAUCGUGGACCCUUUCUCCAAGAAGGACUGGUACGAUGUCAAGGCGCCGGCCAUGUUCAAUAUCCGCAAUCUGGGGAAGACAUUGGUAACCAGGACCCAGGGAACCAAAAUUGCCUCUGAUGGACUGAAGGGCCGUGUGUUUGAGGUGAGCCUGGCUGACCUGCAGAACGAUGAAGUGGCCUUCCGUAAAUUCAAGCUGAUUACAGAAGAUGUACAGGGCAAGAACUGCCUCACCAACUUCCAUGGCAUGGAUCUGACUCGUGACAAGAUGUGCUCAAUGGUCAAGAAAUGGCAGACCAUGAUUGAAGCACAUGUUGAUGUGAAGACUACAGAUGGCUACCUUCUCCGCCUGUUCUGUGUUGGGUUCACAAAGAAGCGCACCAAUCAGAUCAGAAAGACUUCCUAUGCCCAGCAUCAACAAGUACGUCAGAUCCGUAAGAAGAUGAUGGAAAUCAUGACCCGUGAAGUGCAAACAAAUGACCUGAAGGAAGUUGUCAACAAACUGAUCCCAGACAGCAUAGGCAAAGAUAUAGAAAAGGCCUGCCAGUCUAUCUAUCCUCUCCAUGAUGUCUAUGUUCGCAAAGUAAAGAUGCUGAAGAAGCCAAAAUUUGAGCUGGGUAAACUUAUGGAGCUCCACGGUGAGGGCGGUGGCACUGGAAAGCCUUCUGGGGAUGACACAGGAGCCAAAGUUGAACGGGCUGAUGGAUAUGAGCCUCCUGUGCAGGAGUCUGUCUGAGAUGCUCGAUCUGAAGUAGUCUGGAAAAAAUAAAACUAUUCUAUAUAA